AUGAAGGGACAGACAACAACAGCCUUUCUCCAUCCCCCCAGAAUUGUUCUUUUUUUUUGUGUGGAAAACUUCCACCUACCCAUCAUGCACCUCCCAAACGUUGGAGACGGCCAAUUUGCUGCCAAGUUGCUCCUGUCUGGCGCCAUCUUGAGCUACUUGGCCCCCGGGCUUGCCAUCCCCGUCCAAGACAGUCCCCGCCAGCGGCUCCUCGAUGGAAAAGGUCUUCCCACAAAGUACCGCGCUGCAUCCUCGCCUUACACGCCCGGUCACAAGGACAAGUACGAUGGUCCUGUUGACUCCGUUGGAGACGAGCUUGACCCUUUGCCGUGGCGUAACGGCCUGGGCGCGUCUGUCCUCGGGCCAUGGAACGAAGCCCGCUCCAGGCAGAAUCCGGAUCUCGUGCGGCCCCCGGGUACCGACCACGGGAAUCUCGCCAACAUGCGAUGGAGCUUCGCGGACUCUCACAUUCGUAUCGAGGAGGGCGGAUGGACCCGACAGACCACGAUCCGCGAGCUGCCCACCAGUAUCGAGCUUGCCGGAGUCAACAUGCGCCUGGAUGAGGGUGUGAUCCGCGAGCUCCAUUGGCACAAGGAAGCCGAGUGGGCCUACGUCUUGGAUGGAAGCGUGCGUGUCACGGCCAUCGACUACGAGGGGGGCAACUUCUUUGAUGAUCUGAACAAGGGAGAUCUAUGGUACUUCCCGUCCGGCGUGCCUCACUCGCUGCAAGGUCUGGGCGAGAACGGAACCGAGUUCCUUUUGAUUUUCGACGAUGGACGCUUCUCUGAGGAAUCCACCUUCAUCCUCACUGACUGGCUUGCUCACACGCCAAAGUCGGUGAUUGCGAAGAACUUCAACCUGGCCCCCGAAGUGUUCGCCCACAUCCCCGACGGAGAAAAGUACAUCUUCCAGGGAACCACGCCGGGUUCCAUCAACCACGAGGCACCCACCGGGAAGGGGGUCAAGAAGUCGAAGCACCAGUUCACGCACAAGAUGCUGGAUCAGGAACCGAAGAAGACAUCGGGUGGCGAAGUCAGGAUCACGGAUUCGAAGAACUUCCCGAUUUCGAAAACCAUCGCCGCGGCCCAUGCCAUCAUAGAGCCGGGUGCCCUCCGGGAGAUGCACUGGCACCCUAACGCUGAUGAAUGGUCCUUUUUUAUCAAGGGACGUGCUAGAGUGACGAUUUUCGCCUCGGAAGGCAAUGCCCGGACGUUCGACUAUGUCCCCGGAGACGUUGGCAUCGUCCCGAAGAACAUGGGUCACUUUGUGGAAAACAUCGGCGACGAGCCCGUCGAGAUGCUUGAGAUCUUCCGCGCCGACGAGUUUAGGGAUUUUUCGCUCUUCCAGUGGAUGGGCGAGACGCCCAAGAAGCUGGUUGUCGACCACCUCUUCGCCGACGACCCCGAGGCCGGGGAGAAGUUUUGGGACAAGGUCCGCAGCGCCGAGAAGGAUGAGAUCACCAAGCCGGAGGCCGUUGAAGAUGCCCAGGCCAGCACUCAAGAGCUCUGAAGGGAAAUGCAUGCGCGAGGUGACGACGGGCGGCCUGGCGAGCCGGUCUCUUGGCUGUCUGUGGUUAAAGCGCAAUGGUCGGAGGCAAUGAAACGUUUUUUGCGGCGAGCCCAUCAUCCACAUCCCAUAUGUCUACAGAAAUUGUUCAUUAGUCAAUAAUAUCGCUGUUUGUUUUAUUCUUGGAAACAGAAAAGCCCUUGAUGCGUGACAACCCCAUUUCUCUAGUGUCCUCACUCUCUCUCUCUCUCUCUCUCUCUCAGCACUAUGACAGACAAACAGCAACCAAAUCCGUCUCUACACCGUUCACUAUGGUCUCUGGUCUCUCAAGGUUUCAUGAAGUCGAGGUAACGUUUCUGAGUUUACUGUGCUUACAGAGGGCAUCCAUGCGUCGUCUCCCCCGACUCUUUCGUCCAAACACUCCCACGGAUUACUCAGUUCCCGCUGCCAAGUCCAAGUCCUUGUAUCACCAUUCAGUCAGCCCGCCGCAUACAUGGCCCCCCUCCCUGCUCGCCCGACCCUCUUCGCUUCUUGGACUUGGAUCAGCACACGUACCUGUAGACAAUCUUUCAUCAUCUCCAUCACUUGAUGAGGUAUCGCCCAUCUCUUCCCUCGUUCUCUUGCCGACAGGUCUCCGAAAGAUGCCCGUGAUCGAUGCAACCUACGCAGAUGCCGUGCCUCGAAUAGAUCCAUCUGCCUCAAGGAUGGGGGAGGGGGGAAGGGCGUGUUUGUGAUCACUGCUUCUGUGUGGUUGAACAAGACUGCAAUAGGCUUGCGUCCCCCUUGUCGACACCACACGCAGUCUGCCUAGUUUCCAGGCCAGGGCUGUUUCCCAGGACCUCCCUCGUCUUGUUCAACCCCCGUCGUCUAAGCUAGGCUCAUCGCAAGGUAUGCUCAGCGACAGGAGCCACAAUAACGACGGGAAUCACACUUCCUGGAUGGAUCAAG